AUGAAAGAUAAUCAACAAAUCGGUUAAGCUAUCUAUAAAAUGAGCGAAGGCAAACGCAAGUAACUGUUUAAUCACCUUCUAAACGAAUUUAGAAACAGCAAGGUAAAUAUUGGUACUCCCAACUAUCUGAGCGGAGCUCCGCAGGGCAUGCCCUAGCCAUCCUCCAAUUUAAGUGGCAAUACGCCGUCAACUAUCAAGCAUAAUAAAAAGAAAUCGUCCUCAAUUGAGAAGAAGCUAACAACCAACACUAUCCAGGGCGGAACGGACUUGAUAAAGAAGCAGCAGAUUCCUAAAAAGACGGUUAAUCACAAAAAAUCCAAGAGCUACAUUACAGCCAAUGUUCAAGAUCAACUGAGAGAUCAAUCGAUCAACCACUCUAAUCAUCAGUAGCAGCUGUACUAUCAGUAGAUGAUGAGAAAGGACAUGCAGGUGAAUGGCAGCACUCUUGAAAACUCUUUCGGAUAAGGAGCUAUUUCCAAUAAAUCCUAUGAAAGAAUCCUAGCAGAAACCAUUGAGGCCUAAAAUACAGCUGCGAACUAAUUUGGUGGAGGCGCAAUUAACUACAUCUCAAACUAGUACUAUCAAGUCAGUCCUCCGUAAAACCUGAUACCCAAUGUCCAAACUCAGCACAAUAUGACUCUUUAGCUUAGCUCUAAGAGAGGCAAUGGUAAUAGUAUUUAUUGGAAUCCUAAUUUUGAUAGGUAGUGCAAACAUCUCUUAGACACGCAUUAAUUAGGAGAAGUACGACUCUCAAAUGAACCGAGAAAAGUCUUAAUCAGGCUAUCAGAGCAAUAAAUCUAACCACAACUCUCACAAGUCCCUCUCAAGCAGUAAACAUAUAUUGAUCUACUUACUCACCUUAAACUUUUUUAAAUAGACUCAAAAUAUGAUCAACAGCAAAAAAAGAAAUCUAGAGGCAGUGAUUAGUUCCAAAUCAACAGCAAUCAGCGCUCCAAGUGCGAAUCCAACAGGAAUUCCAAAAAGAACUCGCCCAAUAACACCAUUAACACCUCUAAAGGAACUAUUAACAUCAGAGAAGCAAGAACAAAACCAACAUCACCAGAAAGAUCGUAUGUACUGAUCAACUCUUUUAAGCAGGGAGGUACUAAGGGUAGCUAGGGUAGUAGUUUUGUGAUUCCAGGAAGUAUGGUUAACUAAAGAGAGGAAAGAAAAGCCCUAAACAUGAUGUCAAAUAUCAAUUAGAAUCAACAUUAAUAGCAGAACAGCUCUUCUUUAUCCUAGAAUAAUAGAAUGUCUCAGAACUAGAUUAUGAAUCAUCAGCAACAGAGAAUAAAUGGAUAAGAAUUUGUCUCAAUCCAGUAGCAAGCAUCAAGCAAGAGAAAGAACUUUAAGAACAUGUUUUAUUCACCUAAGGGUGGAAGAGAUGCUUUUACAGAGCCACAUUCAAAGUACCCAUCCUAGGCUCAUACAAAGGAACACUCUCCAGCUCAUAAGAUGCUUGAGAUCUCCUAACAAUUUUCUUAGACUUCCAACCCUUAACAGUUACUACCCUCUGCUAUCAAUCAUUCAACUACUCUUGGCCAUCACCCAAAGAUCAGAGCCUCAGCAAAUAAGCCCCCUACUCAACUGAAGAAUAAGAGCAGCAAUCUUAGUACUGGAGUAGGUCUAAUGUACUCUACCAAAGACUCUAAUAACAAAAAGCAAAAACUCAUGGCUCAUAGUUAAAUCUAAGAGCUUGAGGGAGCAUUUUAGACUAGCUCAUUCUUGGAAGAAUCUUAUAUGAAGAAUGCUACUAAUAACUACUAGAUAAGAAGAGAUGACAUCUCGUUUGACUCAUCGAACAACUAAUUCUCUCAGACAGGUACCCCUAAUCAAUACAAAAUGAAGUUAAACAUCCAGCAACCCAGUAACUAAUCAGUUAGUGGCCAUGGAGCUGUAAAAAAGAUCAAUGUUGUUGGCAGAGAUGUCCUUCAGAGUUAACUUCAAAAUACUUAGCAGCAGAUACCUAAUCCAAUUAUGCAGUCUAAUUCUACUAUUGAACGAAAGCCUAAGAAGAUUGUCAUGCAAGGUGGCAAUUAAUAUCCACAUACUACUGGCCUUAAUACUAAAACUAAUAGCUAGAUUCCAUCUCCUACCAAUAGCAAACUUUAAAGACCUUAGAAUUAACAGAAAAAGUAAAGAUUUUAGUCCGAAGCAUCUUCUCCUCUUAAUCACAAUCCACCUAUUAGUACAAAUGGUAUCUAGUUAUAAGAACUACCUGCCCAUAAGAAAAGAGGUAUUAGCAUUAGCGGCCAUCCAUCUGGAGGUAACAACUUCUAAAUAUCCAACUAGCAAGACAGCAUCGAGUCAUUCAACAACACUAAGAAAUUUUCUUAAAACCCAGCUAAGAUGACUUCGUAAAACCAGCAGCAGUUUCUCUUCAAUUAAUACGUUAAAACUAAGAAGCAGAGGUAAAAGAUUGAGUCAAACGAGGGUUCCUUAGAGAGAGGUUUAUAGCAUGGUCAGACAGUUGGAGCUGGAGUGCAUCUACAGCCAUUAAAUUAAGAACCGUUCUUUGACCAGCAACAUCUGAAACACUCAGCCACUGAGCUCUCACCAAGGUCCAAAGAGGUCAAUCUGAUAAAAUCACUUAUUAAAGAAUGCUUUGCUAAGUACUCAAAACCGCCUAAGACAUAAAUAGAGUUGUAUAAAAUAGGUAAAAUGCUUGGAAAAGGGGCUUUUGGUAGAGUCAACUUAGGUCUUCACAGACUUACUCGUAGACUAGUGGCUAUCAAGACCAUUAACAUGGAGUUCAUGAAGGAUGAAAGCAGCAAGAAGAAAAUGUCUAAUGAAAUCAGCAUUCUCAAGAUGCUCAGACAUCCAAACGUAGUAAAGCUUCUUGAAACUUUCGACACUGAAAAGCAUCACUUGAUAGUCAUGGAACUAUGUCCAGGUGGAGAUCUGUUGAACUACGUCCGAAAGCGCAGAAAGCUCAAUGAAAACAUGGCUAAGUUCGUGUUCAAGCAGAUUAUGGAAGGUAUCGCCUAUCUGCAUCAAAACGGAGUAGUCCACAGAGAUAUCAAGCUAGACAAUAUCUUGCUUGACGGGCACGGCCACAUCAAACUAGCAGAUUUCGGAGUGUCUCGUAAAGUUUCAGAGAACAAUGAGCUCUUGUUUGAGCAGUGCGGAACACCCGCUUAUAUAGCUCCUGAGAUUGUUAGAGAACUGGGCUACAAAGGAUACCCAGUAGACAUAUGGAGUGCAGGAGUGUGUCUCUAUGCUAUGCUAUAUGGAAAUGUACCCUUCAAGGCCAAUCAAAUGGGAGAUCUUAACAAAAUGAUCUUAGAUGCGAAUAUUGAGUACAAAGAUACAGCCAGUGAAGAGGCUAGAGACUUAAUGAUGAGAAUGCUUCAAAAGAAUCCAAAUAAGAGACUGACAGCUGAGGAAGUAUUGGAUCAUGCCUGGUUUGACUAGGUUGAUGAGUAGAUUAACAUAUUUGAUGAGCAAGAACUAGACCUGAUCAAGAAAGAGUUCACCUAUGUUUGUCAAAAGGCCAAGCUAAAGGAGCUUAAGUAGCGUAAACCAGACGAUCUUAACACUGAGUUUACCGAACAUUCCAUUAACUCUAAUGAGAAUACACUGAUGAAGAACAACUCAAGUCGGUCAGUCAUCCUGUGUCCCUUUAACACCCAGGCAGGUGCAGCAGCCAAGUCGAUCUACGAGGACAUUAGAGACAUGCUCGUAGACAAGGACAUGGCUAUUAGGUUUAAUGCCAGAGUGAGAGAGUGCGAUCGACAGUACGAGAAGUUCAACAACUAGGACUUCGAUAACGGAGUCUACCAUAAGUACGCCUACAACUAGGGCAAGAACAAAGAAGAGGUCGAGGCGCUUAAAGAAGAAGUCAUAGACAAAGACGAUGUCAAAAACAAAAACCUAGUUCGGAGAGGCAAUCGUCGACUCAAACCUGACGCUGACAACCAGAACUACUAUAUAAAGAUUGACGAGAAGAUAACUGUCCAGGUUGAGGAGUUUGGGUUCCCAAAGCCUUACAUACUCAAGUGCCUGAAUGACAACGUCAAUAAUCACUGUACCACCUCCUACUAUCUGCUGUGCAUGGACCAGAACUACUGA